UUUGACUAUUUUCGAUUCCCACAUUUACCUUUCUACUUCAAUGAUUUGGUCAGAUUAAUCAAACUGGUUUCUCAUUAUUAUUCUUUUAUGUUUCCUUUCCAGGAAGGGUUUUCUGGGAAUAGCAAUGGUAACUGCUGGAGCUGGGCUGCUAAGUUCCUUCUCUCCAAAUUAUACAUCGUUGUUAAUUCUUCGGUGUUUGGUUGGUGUUGGCCUAGGCAGUGGGCAUGUAUUCUUAUCCUGGUUUCUAGAGUUCGUUCCUGCUUCUAAUAGAGGCAAAUGGAUGGUUAUCUUUUCAGCUUUCUGGACCGUUGGAUCAAUUUCUGAGGCCGCACUUGCAUGGAUUGUCAUGCCAAGAUUGAACUGGAGGUGGUUACUUGCACUGUCCUCUGUUCCAUCUUUUGUUGUGCUUUUUCUUCUUGGUCUUUCACCGGAAUCUCCAAGGUAUCUAUGUAUGAAAGGUAGAACAGCUGAUGCACUUCAUGUUCUGGAAAACGUGGCAGAGUUGAACCGAAAAAAACUCCCAGAUGGUAUGCUUGUUUCCAAUAAAACUGCAUGGGAUGAAGAAGUUGCUACUCCUGGACAUGUUCAUCUUCUUACAUUGGAUACCAACAAAACCACGCAGGCGAAAUCUGGCUUCUCAACAUUUCUCAUGCUAUUCUCACCAAGAUUAAUUAGAACAACUGUUCUUCUGUCAAUUUUACUCUUUGGAAAUUCAUUUGCUUUUUAUGCAAUUGUAUUGUUUGUCUCCGAGCUUAGCAGUGCAGAGAAAACUUGUAGCUAGACCGUGCUACUUGCAAAAAAUAUCCAGAGCUCUAGCCUCUACAUAGUCAUUCGUCACUAGCUUGGCAGAGGUUCCUGGACUUCUUUUAUCGGCAAUUCUAGUUGAUAAAGCUGGUCGCAAGCCUUCUAUUUCAAUUAUAUUCACCCUAGCAUUCAUUAUUAUUUUGCCACUGAUUAUCAAUCAGUCCAAUAUUUUAAGAACAAGCUUAUUAUUCGUAGCUCGCAUGUGUGCUAUGGGAACCUUCACAAUCUCUUUAAUAUAUGCCUCAGAGUUAUAUCCAACUUCAAUGAGGUCAACUGGCACUGGAUCUGCAAACGCCAUGGGAAGAAUCGGAGGUAUGGUUUGCCCUUUUGUUGCAGUUGCGCUGGUGGAGGGCUGCCAUACCAAAGCUGCCAUCAUAGUGGUAGAGGGUGUAAUAGCGAUAUCAGUAAUAUGUGUUCUAUUGAUCCCAUUUGAAACAAGAGGAAAGGAAUUGAGUGACAUUGUAGAUGUUGUACCAAAUUCAAGACAAGUGAUUGUUGGUCAGUGGUAAGAUCGUAUGUAUGUGAGUAUAAUACGAGUAGCAUUAUGUACGCAAACAAUAUGCAGAAACAAUAAUAUAUUACAAUAUGAUUAAAUAGUUUUAAAUUAAAAAUAAAACAAUACUCAAUCAUAUAGUAACAUGUUAUUGUUUAUGCUAAAGAUUGUACAUAUUAUUUGUGUAUACGAUUUUGUUGAUAUGAUAUUGCACCGUUAUGAA